GAGGAGGAGGAGGAGGAGGAGCAGCGGCACCUUCUUCUCAACCCCCCCCCCCGCCGCUCCCAUGGGCGACACGGCUCAACCCCCGCGGCCGGGCGUCGGCGUCGGGGUGGUGAUCACCAGCCCCGCGCACCCCAACUGCGUCCUGCUGGGCAAGAGGAAGGGCCGGAUAGGCGGCGGCAUGUACCAGCUGCCCGGCGGCCACCUCGAGUUCGGGGAGAGCCUGGCCGAGUGCGCCGCCCGCGAGGCGCGGGAGGAGGCGGCGCUGCGCCUGCGCAACGUGCGCUUCGCCUCCGCCGUCAACGCCGCCUGCCCGGCCGCCGGCUACCACUACGUCACGGUGCUCAUGAAGGGGGAGGCGGAGCCGGGGGCGGAGCCGCGCAACAGCGAGCCGGACAAGAAUGAGGGAUGGGAAUGGGUGAAGUGGGAUGAGUUCCCCCCCGCGGAGCAGCUGUUCUGGGCCCUGCGGUGCUUAAGGGAGCAGGGUUACAAUCCUUUCAGCGAAGAGCUGGAUCACCUGCAGGGGUACACGGGGAGUCACCAGCUGGCCUAGGGUGGAGCUGCUUCUUUUUACCACGCGAACAUGACCCAGGUGAAAAUACUACCCUUAAGAGAGCCAACAACUGCCCAGUGUUCCAGCCCGUCCAUCACUGUUGUCAUUCCUUGAAGGCUCCCUUGAGAGAGAGCAAUUCAACAAACGUUAUUAAUGAUUGUUUCCUUUUCUAUAAAAGUCAUAGGGUUUUAUCUGGUACGCCUUCACGUAGAUGGAUAGCCCUUCGGAAGUCACCAAAACCAUGCAGAGAAGCUUGGGAACGGUUACAGCAAAGUGCCUAAAUGAGACUGAUUUAAGCCACUGUCCUGCUUUCUGUGUAAAACUACGUGGUACAGCGUGCUGCUUUCCUCUAAAUAUAAAUCUUGGACCAAUUUCUAAACUUUGCCUUGUUUCCUAACUUCAGUUAACAUACUGUCAACAUCCAUACUGAAGAAAAGUCACAUUUUCCAGAGAAUACCUUGUUUUCCUGCAGACAGUUGAAAAGCACAGUAUUAUAAAUGUGAAAAGGUUGCCCUGGCUGCUAGGGAAUGAAGAUUCUCUGACCCUUCUUGCCACUGCCUGUCAUCACAGAGGUCUGCUGGCAACCUCAGUGAGAUGAGAAUUCAUCUGCAGAAGUGUUAAAGAUUUCUGCAGUUGAUGUUCACUUCUGAUCAUAGCACUUAACACCUUACUGGAGAGGUGCCUACAGUGUUCUACCAGGCUGAGGUAACUGACAUUGUGAAAACUAACCUCAUUUAUAGCUGUAACUACAUCAGACAAUUGCAAUUUGCUGAAGAGGGUUGGCACUUUUACACAGCAUGGUCAGGUGUCAUUCUUUAUGGCUACUGGGGUUUGAUAGAAUUCUUAAUUUUCAGUAUGAUGUGAACAGAUGAUUAAAUUGGUAGAGAAUGAAGGAACAUACAUGCAUACACACACAAAACCGAUGAAUUUAAAUGUUAUUUUUCUACAAUCUAACAGAAUUUGAUUGUUUUCUGUCUGGUCAUUAGGAUUUCAGCCAUUAAUUUUAGGAGAAGGAUGGACUACAAAUAAAAAAAAUAUCAGAAUUGCUUUGUUCUUUUUCUCUUUAGGGUUCCCUUAGAACACAUCUUAGUUUCCUUUAGAUAUAUUCAUUGUAAAAAUGAUCCAAGACGCAUUUACUUUCUUUUAAAUAAACACAAUAUUGGAAGAUGAAAAUU